GCUGUGACGGCGAGGCGUUGCCCGGCUGCUCUCUGGUAGGCCUUCUCGCAGCGAGUUCCUUGUGCCCUUAUUAGACAUGGCGCUGGCCAGCGUGUUGGAGAGGCCGCUACCGGUGAACGGGCUCGGGUUUUUCGGACUCGGGGGUCGCGCGGAUCUGCUGCACCUGGGUCCAGGGAGUCCCAGCGAUGGGCUGAGCCUGGCCGCGCCCAAGUGGGGUGUCGCGGAGGAGCCCAGAAUCGAAAUGCUUCAUGGAACCACCACCCUGGCCUUCAAGUUUCAACAUGGAGUCAUUGUUGCAGCGGACUCUCGGGCCACAGCUGGUGCCUAUAUAGCCUCCCAGACAGUAAAGAAGGUGAUAGAGAUCAAUCCCUACCUGCUGGGCACCAUGGCUGGGGGUGCAGCGGACUGCAGCUUCUGGGAGCGGCUGUUGGCUCGGCAAUGUCGCAUCUAUGAGCUUCGAAACAAGGAACGCAUCUCGGUAGCAGCUGCCUCCAAGCUGCUUGCCAACAUGGUGUAUCAGUAUAAAGGCAUGGGGCUGUCCAUGGGCACCAUGAUCUGUGGCUGGGAUAAGAGAGGCCCUGGCCUCUACUAUGUGGACAGUGAAGGAAACCGGAUCUCGGGGGCCACCUUCUCUGUAGGUUCUGGCUCUGUGUAUGCUUAUGGGGUCAUGGAUCGGGGUUACUCCUAUGACCUAGAGGUGGAACAGGCCUAUGAUCUGGCCCGUCGAGCCAUCUACCAAGCCACCUAUAGAGAUGCCUACUCAGGAGGUGCAGUCAACCUCUACCAUGUCCGGGAGGAUGGCUGGAUCCGAGUCUCCAGUGACAAUGUAGCUGAUCUACAUGACAAAUAUAGUGGCUCUACCCCUUGAAAGAGGGUGGAUGUGGCUGCUUGCAUUUCAUGGGGGGACUGUUGCUGGUAAUGUGGAUCUAGCUCCCUAUCCUCUAGUGGAAGGGUCCUCAAUUGUAUUGAUAAUUUUUUUAAGCUCUGGUGCCGUUGACCUCUAUGUGUUACUAGUUGUUAAUGACCUGCCACAGCGGUGAUUUUACUUUCUUGGAUGUUAACAUUACACUACUCGACCUCA